AGUCUUGUGCCUUCAAUUGUCCAGGAUGCAUACAGUUUGAUCCAUUCUUUCGAAGGAAAGUCUAAGGAGAUUGGCGACUCGUCCAACAUCAAAUUUUUGAGUCCUCGAUUUGCUCCUGUAAUGCCCGACAAAGCAGGUAUCAGAGGAGCGCUUUCGCCUUCUGUCCUGUCUUUCUACAAAGAUGAUACCGAGGAGCAACUGUUACCUAUUCCAAAG